ACAAUCCACUGUCCACCGUCAUUAGGAGUUUGGAUCCCAUUGCAGCAGUAACAUCCUUAUUUUUGUCCGAAUAUUUGAGAUUGGUCGAACAUGCAGUGCAUUAAGGCAUUUCUGUUAUUGGCCGCAGUAGCCAGUGUUACGGCAGGCGAUUUUCCACACUACGGCCACGGCUAUGGACAUGGACAUCACGGGGGUGUAACUGCUCACCAUUUCGAUCACAGGGUUUUUCAUCAUGAGGUUCCUGUUGUCAAACACGUUCCGUAUCCAGUAGUCAAACACGUCCACGUGCCUUAUCCUGUUGAGAAGAUAAAGCACGUCCACGUGCCAUACCCUGUUGAGAAGAUUAAGCAUGUUCACGUGCCAUACCCAGUCAUUAAACACGUCGAAGUACCCGUGCAUGUCCCGGUGGAGAAAAUCAAGCAUGUUCCCGUCGAAGUGCCCGUCGUUAAACAUGUGCCCUACCCAGUUUAUCACGAGAAGAUCAAGCACGUCCAUGUCCCUGUAGAAAAGCCAUACCCAGUCUAUCACAAGGUUCCCGUGCAUGUGGAGAAGCCCGUCCCUUACGCAGUUCCAGUUAAGGUGCCCUACCCUGUCCCAGUACACAAGGAACAUUACGGCCAUGGAGGACAUUACGGCGGAGGUCAUGGAUAUGGACAUGACUUCUCAGGAUCCUAUGGAGGGCAAUAUUACUAAAUUAAGUCCUUAGUUGACAUAUUGUAGUUAACUAAUACUUCCGUUGAUUGCAUCAAUGUCGAUGUCAAUUAAAACCUCUAUCUUGAUCACAAGGAAAGUUACCUUUAGUUCCAGUGAUCCCUCAUAUCUCAUCAUCAUGAUCUACAUAAAUACAUACAAAAAAUCUACUUCUUCCCUUAACCUAUCUUCCCAUGAACCUACAUAUCUACCAUGAACGACUCUUAACACGACCAGCAGAAGCGAGGGGUCCUUGUUCACACAUACACACACACAAAGGUCCGUGUAAUUAGUCUCUGAUACAUUAAAGAAAACCCAACAAAGAAACGUGAUUUAUAUUUUUACAGUAAAAUAAAUUCAAGAUAUUAUAUUACUCAA